UAUUGUAGGCGGGGUGGGGGCAGGAGAAUUGAUAAGUAGGAGCGCGCGAGAAAUAGCAAAACUGGAGAGAAGGGACAUAUGCGGACCGAUGGUUCUACUGAAGAAAGGACUAGGGGAUUGGUAGUUCUGUUACUACAAAUCCCAGAAGGCAGCGCGCCUUCCCUGAGGCUGCCUACCAGGAGAGAGAAAAGGUUCCGCGCGCGGGUUGAAUGGAACGUUACCCUCUUAGGUCUGGAUAGGACUGCGGGGCGGGGUGGUGCUGCUGCUGCUGCUGCUAGUCGUGGACGCGGGAAUUCUGGAGAUCGCAAGCUGAGCAAUUAAUGCAAGGACUUAAACUAACCCUUACUCUGCUCCGACUAGUUCACCAUGCCCAGGAAACACCUCCAGGAAAUUCCCGAUUUGAGCCGCAAUGUUAAUAUCACCUUCACAUGGGGAUGGGAUCUUAACAAGACUUCAGAUUUGCUUUCGGGAAUGGGGGUUGCAGUUCUGGAGAAGGAAAAAGUGGACAGUGAAAACAUCCCCCAGGAGCUGCUCUUAACCCAAGGCCCUGCUCCAAAAAAACAGAAGGUGAAAGCGAAGGAAAAGGACUUUGUCAUUGCUCGGCGGCCGAGGCAGUCCAGAGAGAACGGUUCAGGAAUUUCCUGGGAUAUGCUUCCGGACGAAUUGCUCCUCAGCAUCUUCUCAUAUUUAUCUCUGCCUGACCUUGUAAGAGCCUCUGGGAUUUGUAAGAGGUGGCAUCGCCUCUCGUUUGAUGAAUCACUGUGGCAGACCUUAGACCUGACAGGGAAACAUUUACUACCAGGGGUAAUUGGGCAGGUGCUCUCUGUAGGUGUGGUGGCAUUUCGUUGCUCAAGAUCACAUGUUGAUGCUCCACUGUUUAAAAAUAUAAGACCGCUUCGGGUACAGCACAUGGACCUGUCUAACUGCAUAAUAGAUGAGGCUGCACUACAGGACAUCCUUUCUCGCUGCUGCAAACUGCAGAACCUGAGUCUGGAAGGACUGAUGCUUUCAGAUGUCAUCGUCCGAAAUCUGGCCCAGAAUUCAGACUUGGUGCGAUUAAACCUCUGUGGGUGCACGGGAUUCUCAGCUUCUGCACUGGGGACACUGCUGAGCAGCUGUACUCGAUUAGAUGAGCUGAACCUUUCCUGGUGCUCUGAUUUCACGGCAGAACACAUACAAAUUGCUGUCAGCUCUGUAACAGAAAACGUGACACAACUGAAUCUCAGUGGCUACAGGCAGAAUCUGCAGAGAUCAGAUGUGGCGACGUUAGUGAGAAGGUGCCCCAAUCUGGUCCACUUAGACUUAAGUGACAGUGUCCUGCUGAAAACUGACUGUUUCCAGGAAUUACACCAGCUCAUCUACCUCCAACACCUAGCGCUCAGCCGAUGCUAUGAAAUGAUUCCAGCAGCCUUACUUGAACUUGGCGAUAUCCCCUCCCUGAAGACAUUGCAAGUUUUUGGAAUUGUAACCGAAAAUUCCCUGCCCGUGCUCAAGGAAGCGCUUCCACAUCUGAAAAUCAACUGUUCUCACUUCACCACCAUCGCCAGGCCAACAAAAGAACCGGGCAACAAGAAGAACCCCGAGAUCUGGGGCAUCCGAUGCCGCCUGAUGAUGCCGGGUCCCAACAACCAUUAACGUCCUCGUUAUAGAGCGACUUCUCUUCACGAAACAACGGAGCAGACUAGGAGGCCUUGUGGCUAGACGCCCCGCGACUAUUUUUCUGGGGUUGAGUUACACCUUUUGCCUUAGAACUGUUUGGGCUUGAAGCUCGCCGUUUCGUGUCACUAACUCAACAAUUUAGGAAUAAGUGUUUUGCACUGGGUACACGACUUUUGUCAGCACCCUUCGAAAGCCUGCCUGGAGAACUGGGACACUUCAAGUAUUUAUGGUUUAAGGGAAUAAACGCGUGCUUAAUAGUGACUCGAGGUGGGAAUUCAAACCGCCUCUCCUAGAUGUUGUUUUUUUGAAAAUCUUCAGAAUGCAGCCGGUGCUCAUUAAGUGAAUCAUUUUCUAGAGACCGUUGCAGACAUGUACAUACUUUUCCCACUUCAUUUCAGCCUUGCCUUACAUAUAACAGAAGGGAUGAACCCCAAGUCAUUCUGUUUUUGAAAUGAGCACAAAUGGAGCAUCAGUUACUUGCUGCCUUUGCUUGGCAGGAAAAAAUCCCAACUCCUAUAUUUGGGUGCUGAUCACUGAACCUUAAGGUAAUAAGGAUCAUGGGAAUGGAAAACCUCACACACGCCUUUUAAGAGCCUGGAAAAAAAGUGGUGUGGUUGGGGCAAAGAGUAAAGAACAUUUCAUCUUGGCAAAGAAUUUAUACCAAAAGUGCAUGGGAGCCUCAGGAGGCAGAGUCAGCCGACGACAGCCAAUCCCUUUGUCUGAUCAGUCUCCUUGGAACAGUUAUUCAAGGCUUCCUUCCAAUCACUCCAAAGGUAAUUUUUCUGAGGUUCUGAAACAAGCUGUGGGGAUGUGAUUAUGGUUUUUGUUUUUAUAAAAUUCACAUCAUGACUGAGUAUCUUCACUUUGCAAUAGCCUUGUCUUGUUCGUUCCUUUUUAUUGAAGGUACUUUUCUUCUGAUGGUUUUCCAAGAAAGCAAUUCCUCUUUUUUUCCUGGUUCUUCCUUGUCACGAAGGUCUAAAAGGGGCUGGUUUGAUUUUUUCCCCCUAGAAUCAAGUACUGAAUACCAAGAAGAAAUUUUUUUAAAUCUCCUGACCUAUUGUUCGGAAUGCCCCAUUUGAAAAAGGUCUGAGGUCUCCUUCCAGUUGCAGUUUUAGUAACCAGGGAGCACCAUAAAAGUCCUACAGUCUUGGGAAAGAGAAACAACAUAUUACUCAGAGCACUUGGGACGCAGGAACCUCAGUUUAAAAGCAUUGAUUGUACCUGAUAAGGAGCAGCUUUGACUUUUUAUAACUGAGGAGCACCCAGGAAAAAACCCCAGCAAUUAUUUUUACCUUUAAAAGCUUGGUUAAUAAAAUCAUUUGAAUUUCUUCCCAUUGAUCAAAGAAGGCUAAUUUCAUUUUGUUUCCGUGACUGACUUUUAAGAAAUCAAUCUGGGACCAAUGUUAUGCUUGCCCUGCAUUUCCUGCAGGGGAGAACACUUUGGUCUGAUGUUAUACAGAGAUUUAACUGUAGCUCUGCUUGAAAUGUUGUUUACAAAAUAACUGUAAGAGAGACCCAAGGGUAAGUCUGGUUGGACUUGGACCUCUGGGCACACAUCCUUUGACACUCAAGUCCAGAUAUAAGCUAUCUUGCCAACGUUUUUAAUGAUCUCUAUCUUCACAAUGUCUAUUUUGACUCUUUUUGUAAAAAAUAAAAAUAAAAAAUAUUUUACAC